UAUUAAUAGUGCUUAACAAAAUAUGUCAUGUGCCAAGAUUGAAUUAGAGUAAAAAUGUCAAGUAGAAAAGUAUUCGUUACUGUGGGAACAACAAAAUUUGACGAAUUAAUAAAUGCUGUUACGGCACCAAAAGUACUGGAGGCGUUGAGUAAUCGAGGCUAUAACCAUUUGAUCCUUCAAAUUGGUAAAAGUUCAUUGGAUCCCGACUGCUCACCUCGUCAUGGUUUUCGCCGCAUAGAAUAUUUUAAUCUGAGCCCUUCGAUACAGGAGCAAAUGACGUCUGCUGAUCUUGUGAUAAGUCAUGCAGGCGCUGGAAGCUGCCUCGAAGCUCUGGAGGCAAAGAAACCCCUAAUAGUUGUCACCAAUGAAUUAUUAAUGGAUAAUCAUCAAUUAGAGCUUGCCGAGCAGCUCUAUAAGGAUGGCCAUUUAUACUAUUGUAAUCCCAACACUUUGCUACAGCUGAUACAAGAUAUGGACUUGUCAAAAUUAAAAUUAUUUGAAGGUAACAAAAGCAAUAAAAUAGUUGCGUUCAUUGAUCAAGUAAUGGGAUUUUGAAUCAUUAGCAUAAUCUUUAGGCUCCAUUCAUUUGAAUUCAGUAAAUAUUACCAAUCCCUACUGGGCAGAUACAAUACGUUUUGCAUUUUGCUAGUAAAAUUUUUUACAAUUAACCCUUAGUGGUCACCUGGAGUCGAUAUGACCCGAUAUAUUUCUUAUGGGAUGAAAAAUAACAGUGACCACACAGGUUCAAUUUGGUGGAAAAAAUAUCUUUUACUUGUAGCCAGGCAAAAAAGUACUUUCUGUCUGGCUCAUCCAGGAAUCUCCUUGAAUAAAUUAAAGCUACCAAAGUAUGGGAUUGUUUGAACCACUUUUUUUUAUGAGUUUUCAAAAAAAGACGAAUCAUUUUUUAUUCAUUGGAUGAAGUAACGUAUGUAUAUAGCAUGUAUAUCAAUAAAUAUUUGAAUUUGAUGAAACAGAUACAAUUGAAUUUUUAAUUAACAUAAUUUACAGCAGUGACUCCUCUGUACAUAAAUAUUUAUCGAUCAACAGAGAAUCGUCAUGUCUCACAAGCUUAUACAUGUAACUUGUUUUUUACUUAUAGGGGCAAGUUAACCAUAAACAUACACUUAUCCCGUCAUAAUAAGACAAAAUGGCAAUAUGUCUGUACAUAAGUAGACGUUAUAUCGCAAUCGUUAAUCUGCUUUCCAAAACUUAUACAAAUGUAUAGAAUUUCUUACAUCAAUCGG